AUGAGAAUAAGGAGAAGAUCAGAAGGAGGAGAGAAUCAUCAGGAAUACAAGAAAGGGUUAUGGACAGUCGAAGAAGACAACAUUCUUAUGGACUAUGUCCAAACUCACGGCAAAGGCCAAUGGAAUCGCAUUGUCAGGAAAACUGGCAAUUUCACUGAACAAGAAGAAGACCUCAUUAUUCGUCUCCACAAGCUCCUCGGCAACAGAUGGUCUUUAAUAGCUAAAAGAGUACCAGGAAGAACAGAUAACCAAGUCAAGAAUCACUGGAACACUCAUCUCAGUAAAAAGUUGGUCGGAGAUUAUUCCUCCGCUGUCAAAACCACCGGAGAAGACAACUGUCCAGCGUCACUUCUCGUUUCCGCCGCCACAGCUUCUUCUCGUGAACACCAACAAGACAAAAUCUGCCCCAAGAGCUUCGACGGCCUCGUACCAGCUUCGUACGAGAAUAAACAAAACAUGGAUUUGACACAUAACGACGUCGUAUGGGGAAAUACUAAUGAUCCAAGUCUCUACUUCAAAGAAAGGAACAACUUCGAUAGCAAUAACGCUUUCUGGUUUAAUGAAGGCGAGUUAGAGCUCAUGAGUUCAUUCGCUAUGAUGGAUUUUGCUUCGAGUGAUAAUGGCUACUACCUCUAG